AUGCCUGGAUUUGCCGAUUCCUUUUGGACCCCGGACUAUGCCACCGGUCUCGGGGUGCUGUACGGGAAGCUGCAGCAGGGGGUUGCUGAGAAUAAGCAAAUCCUCACGAUUGCUUCGAUGCGUGCGGAUGCCGAGGACCAGUAUGGGGUCAAACUCGGGGAUAUUGCGCCGAGCGUCGAUCGCAUAUCGACGGGGUUUGGAAAGGAUGAUGGGGCCAGUGUGAGGAAGGCCUACGAAGGCGUCCGCACCGAAAUGGUCGAAUCCGCCAAGAAUCACCAGAAGAUCGCAUCCAACAUCCGGGAGCUGGUCGUCAACCCGUUUCGCCGCUGGUGCAACCAGCACGAGGCUCGCAUCGAACACUCCCACGACGACCUCCAAGCGCGAAUCAAGGAACACGCGAAGCAGGUCGAACUGGUCAAGAAGCUGCGCAGCCACUAUUUCAACAAGUGUCGCGUGGUCGAGGACCUGGAGGAGGAGAACAAGCUUGCCUUUCAGGCGCCCGAGAUCAGCCCGCAAGCUAAGCCGCCCCCCAAGAUCGUCCUGCCGGAUGACCAGGCGCAGGAGGAGGAGGAGCCGCUGGAGAUCGGAGACCGAGUGUAUUCGCCCGAGGACCUCAAGACUCUCCUGACCCACAUGUUGGACAACAUCAAGAUCGGCGAGAUCAAGGUGCCCAUCCUUGGUGUCUACCAGAACACCUCGAGCGGCGCGGACAUUGUGGAAUACACGCAGCAGUUUAUGAAUGGCACCAGCAUCACCUACGCCGAGAAGAUCGGACAGGACAUGGUCGACAACGGCCUCCUUCGAUUGGUCGGGAACAUGGGGAGUACCUUUGCGAACAGUUCCAAGAUGCGCUACCAGUGGCGUCCCAAAGUGUUCCAGAUCACCGGCGUUCCCGAGAAGAAGAAGCCUCUGAUGCGUGUCUCCUCGGCGGCCUCGAGCGAAGACGGCAGUGAAUCCCCAAUCGCCUCGGUCUCGGAAAUACUGGCGGGCUGGAACCCUCUCAACAACCCCUACCCGAACGAGACCCCGGCGGAGAAACUGCGCCGGGAGGCCCGCGAGGCGGACGAACGCUACAAGAGUGCCGUGAAGAAGCUGGAUUUCAUCCGAUGCAAGCUCGAGCAGGAGAUUGUCGAAAACCUGCAGUUCAUGGAGCAGUGCGAGUUGGACCGUCUCAAGGCCAUCAAGGCCGUCGUGCUCGACUUCUCCGGUGCCAUCAGCAAUGUGAUCCCGAAUCUGCAGAGCACCGUGGAUCACAUGAUGCUGUACCAGGAGACCAUCCAGCCUCUGGGCGAUCUGCGAUAUCUCCUCGAAAAUUACCGCACCGGCGGUUUUGUGCCCCGUGUGCAGGCGUAUGAGAAUUACUACGGCUCUGUCGAAGAUCAAAAUUUCGGCGUCGACCUCGAGGCGAGGGCGCGGGCUGACCGCAAGCGCGUUCCCAUUCUCGUGACCACUAUCUUGACCUUCUUGGACAACCGCUAUCCCGAACUCGAGGGUGAUGAGGCCCGCCGCGGAAUCUGGCUGUACAACGUUCCGUUGGCCGCAACCCACCAUCUCCGUAACGCCUUGAACAAUAGCACUGCGGACUAUCGCGAUGUUUUAGAGAAGUUCGAGGUUCCCGUUGCGGCUAGCGUGCUGAAACUGUACCUUCUUGAGUUGCCCGAUUCGCUUGUUUCCUCCCAGGUCUACGACAUUGUUAAGACGAUCUACUCUACCACUGCCCACGAGACCACGGAGGAAGGACGGAUCAAGGUCUUGCAGAGCACCCUCGGACAACUCCGCCUCAACAACAUUGCCACGCUUGAUGCCAUUAUGACUCACUUUACACGAUUGAUUGAUUUGACUUCCGCCGACGAAGGCUACGUUUCCUCGCUGGCCCAAGCCCUGUCCCCCUGCGUGCUUCGACCCCGCACGGAGAGCAGCCUCACGAUGAACGAGCGCCACAGCUACCGCCUGAUCCGCGACCUGUUCGCCCACAAGGAUACCAUCUUUGGCGAGUUAAAGCGCCAGUCGACUAUCCUCGGAAGCGCGGCAACCACCACCACCAAUAACAACCACCGCCCCCGUGCCGUGAGCACCGACGAGAGUAACCGCCGUGCGGCCAUGGAGGCCCGGAACCGCGCCAUCGUGGACCGCAGUCGCGCCCACAGCCCGGCAGCACCCCCACGCAAGCACCGACGGGAUCGUUCCAGCGGCCCUUCGGAAACCAAGCGCUUCCCGAUCAACGUGGCGAGUCCCACCGAACGACGCACCACAGUCACCUCCCGCAACAGCCUGGAUGUUCCGAUCCGCAAUGGCUCCCCGACUGAAGAACCGGAGCAGCUGACGACCGUGGACAUCAACGCGGCCGAGCCCAUCGGCACCAAUGGUUCCCUGACGGAGUCCCCGGCGUCAGCCGGUAGCAACGGAAGUCGCUUCGACGCGUCCAGCCCCCCGCCGGCCAAUGCGUCCGACGAUUCCCCCACGCCUACCCCCACGCCGUCCCUCCCCGAGUCUGAACGGCGGUCGUCCACCCCGCGGACCGUGUUCACCCGCAAGCCCGGCCUGGGCAGCAUCUCCAGCUUCCCCAGUGACGCCGGAACAGACAGCAAGCGAAGCAGCAUCGCCACAAGCGAACCAAAGGGAGUCACCCUGGAAGACAAGCCCAUGGACGAUUAG